CUACCAAUGGCAGGGGUGGACUAACCAUUUGGAAACUUGGGCAUUGCCCGAGGGCCCUGGGUCAGUAGGGGUCCCCAUGAGAUGCCCCUGGUACCUUUUUCAUAGGCUUUUUUGAGUUUGGGCAAGGACACAGGGGCCCCACGAUCCCCUACUGCCUGGGGGCCCCAUGAGUUGUCAGUCUGCCCCUGACCAAGUAUAUAUUGCGCCUUCACAUAAGUCCCUGCCCUCAAGGAAGCUUACAAUCUACAGUACUCGAACCAAGUUAGAUGAGAGCCAAUUAACCUACCAGCAU